AUGCAUCCUUCAAAUGAUGAAGCAAGCAACAGAGAAAACUAUUAUUCUGGAUCUGAUUGUGAUAAACAUGGAAAACUUGUUGCUGAAGUAGAAAUAGCAGGAAACUUUAAUCCAAGUGACUACUUUACCAUUGAAUUUGUGAAAGAGAACUCUGGUUCUGUACCUGGCAGGGUGGUCAUGACCCCGAAGACAAUAACAAUUCUCAUGGGACCCAAGUAUACGCAUAUUGUCCCAAGAUGUGCCAACCACGAGAACAGAUCACUGAAGCAUGUGGUACUGCCCUCACAACGUCUAUGUCAGAGUCUCCAAAGGAACCAGCAGCUUAGGAAGCUCUUUGUUGGAGGUCUGAACUUCAAGAUGAUGAACAAGAGCCUAAGGAGUAAUUCUGAGCUAUCAGGCAUACUUACAGACUGCGUGGUGAUGAGGGAUCAAAAUUCCAAAUGUUCUAGGGGCUUUGGUUUUGUUAACUAUGCCACAGUGGAAGAGGUAGAUGCAGCCGUGAAUGAUACUCGCAAAGGUGAUGGCAGAGUUAUUGAACCAAAGACAAAUGUUUCCAGAAAGGAUUCUCAAAGGCCAGGUGCCCACUCAAGUGUGAAAAAGAUCUCUGUGGGUGGCAUUAAGGAAGACACUGAGGAGAAUCACUUAAGAGAGUGUUUCGAACAAUAUGGAAAAAUCAAAGUGAUUGAAAUCAUGAUUGCCCAAGACAGUGGCAAAAAGAGAGGCUUUGCUUUUGUUACUUUUGAUGACCAUAACUCUGUGGAUAAGAUGGUCAUUCAAAAAUACUAUACUGUGAAUGGCCACAACUGUGAAGGAAGGAAAUUUUUGUCUAAGCAAGAAAUGGCCAGUGCCUCAUCUAGUCAAAGAGGUCAAAGUGGUUCUGAAAAUUUUGGUGGUGGCCAUGGAAGUGGCUUUGGUGGAAAUGAUAACUUUGGCUGUGGUGGGAACUUCAGUGGUCAUGGUGGUUUUGGUGGCAGUCAUGGUGGUAGAGGAUAUGGUGGAAGUAGAGAUGGCUACAAUGGAUUUGGUGGUAGUGGAAGCAACUCUGGAGGUCGUGGAAGCUACAAUGAUUUUGGCAGCUACAACAAUCAGUCUUCAAAUUUUGGUCCCAUGAAGGGAAGAAACUUUGGAGGCAGGAGUUCAGGCCCUUAUGCCUUUUGCAGGGAAAAAAGCUCCAAAAGGGGCCAUGAAGAGACAGACAUGACUGAAAUGGUGAAACUAGAGCCCAUAGAGACAAACUAG